AAAAUCUUUUUUUUAACCAAAACGAAAAACCACCAACCAGCCAGACCAGCCACGGCAAAAUUGAAUCAACUCGAGAGCAAUAUCUUCAAGAAAUCUAUUUCAUCUUUUCAUUUUCCGGUCGACUGUUCACCGAAGAAAGUCUAUUUAAAUUCCCACUCAGUUAAAAUAUAUCAAAACUAGAAAACAAUCAAUUAUGGAAGAACUCAAUGAAAUCCUCGACAUGUCCAAAGACAAAUCUACCCAAAAAGAACAUGAUGAAAUUCUACUUCAACCAUUCGUUUACAUUCAACAAAUUCCUGGCAAACAAAUUCGAUCGAAACUAGCUCGUGCCUUCAAUCAUUGGCUAAACAUUCCCAUGGACAAAUUGCAUAUUAUUGGCGAAAUUGUUCAGAUGCUUCAUAAUUCUAGUUUAUUAAUUGAUGAUAUUGAAGACAAUUCAAUUCUUCGCAGAGGAAUCCCAGUUGCACAUUCCAUUUAUGGAGUUGCCAGUACAAUAAAUGCAGCCAACUAUGUUAUAUUCUUAGCAAUGGAGAAAGUCCAAUUACUUAAUCAUCCAGAAGCAACCAAAGUCUGUACAGAACAACUUCUUGAACUGCAUCGUGGCCAAGGAAUGGAAAUUUAUUGGCGAGAUAAUUUCACAUGUCCCACAGAAUCUGAUUAUAAAUUGAUGACAAUUCGAAAGACUGGUGGAUUAUUUAUGCUGGCUAUUAGACUGAUGCAACUUUUCAGUACAAACAAGAGCGAUUUCACUAAGUUAACAGCCAUAUUAGGAUUGUAUUUCCAAAUUAGAGAUGAUUAUUGUAAUUUGAGUAUGAAAGAGUAUUCUGAAAAUAAAAGUUUUUGUGAAGAUUUAACAGAGGGCAAGUUUAGUUUUCCUAUCAUCCAUGCCGUCCAGAAUCAAGGAAGUGAUAAACAAGUCUUACAUAUUUUAAGACAGAGAACUCGAGAUGUUGAAGUGAAAAAGUAUUGCAUAACGCUACUUGAAAAACUUGGAAGUUUCAAAUAUACAACAGAUAUAUUGGAGACUUUGGACAAACAAGCAAGGGAAGAAACUGCGAAAUUCGGACCUAAUCCCAUAAUGGAGACUCUUCUUGAUGAAUUGCUUUCAUGGAAAACAGCAGAAAACUUGGAACCUGCGAGUACAUCCAGUCAAACACCACAACUGUAAUAGUUUCACUAAACGAACUGAAAAGGAGCGUUCAUAAUUUCAUCAAAAAAAGUAACAUUCAUAACCCCAUUAUUUAAAUAAAGCAACACUUGUUCCAGCAUAAUCUUAAAGAUUUUGACAGAAGAUAAGACUCCGAUUGGGCACUAGUUUGGCAAAAAAAAAAAUUAACAGAAUGAGAUAAAUGA